CUGCACAGAAGUGGUUAGUUCUGUCCUUGUGAUUAGAGUUAGCCUUAAUGCUAACUAGCUAAAGCGAAUGUAAUAACGCCAGACUGCUGUUUGUUUAUAUACACUUAAAUUAAUUCACACAUUGGGAUAAAUUGUACUGCAGUGUAGCAGCAUGGCAGCUAAGAUGUUGCCUGUACUCAAGCUUGCCACAAAGGUGGGCAUCGCUGGAGGGGCUGUCUAUGUUGCCUACGACUCAGGACUGCUGGGAGGGAGUACUGAAGGAUCUGAGGCUCUGAGCAAAGCUAAAGCAGCCAUCCCUCCAGCAGUGGAUGAAUGGUCCAAAUACUUUGGCAUUAAACUUCCUGAUGUCCCCAAAAUAGAGUUCUCCCCUGUUGAUGCUUGGAACUCAGGAGUGAGGAUGUCCAUUCAUGCUUUAUCAGUUGCUCCAGCUACAGUAUCUGAGUACACCAGCCAAGGCUUGCAGCAAGUAAAAGACCUCAUCAAAUGAACACUUUUCUCAUUACACCAAAACUGCAAAUCCUGUGUGUAGGUUGAAGAUUGAACGGUGCACAUAAAAGCUUCUUCCCAGACUUCAAAAUCAAAAUUUAAAGGAAAGAUUAAAAUCAUAGUUUGUUCAGGCUUUGCCUCUGUGUGUUAUACCUGUUCUAAAGGUAUUUAGCACCGUCUAAAAUAAGUACAACUAGAAGAAUAUGGCUAUAAAGAUGGUAUGUUAUGUUGUUAUUGUAUUUAUCUCCUCUGUACUUUAUCAGGCUGCACAUUUUGGUAUGUAUCUAAUUCCAUGUUGCUUUGUUUAGUGGUAAAUAAAAUGCAAUUUAUUUACAA